AUGGGAGGGGCAUGUUCUGGAACAAAACCAUAAUCAAAAUAGAGAUAACAAUAAUAAGAAUUAAAUAUAUUUGAAUAACCUUAUUUGCAAGUGUAAUCAAUAAGUUAACCAUAAUCAAGACCGCAAGAAUAAAGAAGUGAAACUGGUUAAUCUGUUAAGGAAUUACUUUAAUAUUAUAAAAAAUUCACAGAUUUUUUAGGAUUAGUUGGUAAUUUAGAUGAUUUAACAGCUCAUACAAGAGAAUAAUUGAAUAAUUGCAUUAUCUAGAGAUCAAAUAUAAAUAUUCUUAUAUAGAAUAGUAUUAAAAGAAUAAUGAAAGAGUAAAAAAUAAUAAAGAGAGUAGAAGAAAGUGAUUAUUAUUUAAUUCAUAAUGAUGAGAAAUUUGCCAUUACCUUUGUAUAAUUAAUGUAAAAAAUAUCAAAUAUAAUAUUGACUGAACUUUAAUCAGAUUCAAAUUUUUAGGAAGCUUUUCCAAUGUUGAUUGUUUCAUUUGUUGAUUUAGCUACAUAGAUACUUAAGGAAAUACAAAAUUUUUUAAAUAUAAAAACUCCUUUAAUCUAGAAAUAAAAUACUAAAAAUCCAAUAUCUUAAGAUAAUUAUUAAGUGUCAACUAAUAAAUGA